CUGCCCAAGCAAAGCAUUGCCGUCCUACCACUUGUCACUUUCCUCCUGUUCAUGGAGCAGCUUUCUGACCCCAACCGCCGCCCGCCACGCGUCACCAAGCAUUUCCACACCUACAACACUCCACUGACCACUCCACUAUAAAUCGUACUAGCUCGUGAACCAGCUCGGAGACCCACCCAAGAUCACACUCACAUCACAGUCGACACUCCACUUCGCACUCAAAGCUCAAAGAUGGCGAAGAAAGGAGUGACGACGACGGUCGUGCUCUUCCUCGCCCUGGUCGCCGAAGCCCACGCUGUCCACGGCGCCGGGCGGCGCAAGGAGGAGGCGGCCGACCCGACGCACCUCCAAUUCUACUUCCACGACACGGUGAGCGGCAAGUCGCCGACGGCGGUGCGCGUGGUGGAGCCGCCGCCGGCCGCGUCGUCGUCGCCGAUGUCCAUGUUCGGGAUGGUGAACGUGAUGGACGACCCGCUGACGGAGGGGCCCGAGCAGGGCUCCGCCCCCGUCGGCCGCGCCCAGGGGCUGUACAUGGGGUCCGACCAGGCCAGGCUCGGCUUCCUGCAGGCCAUGAACCUGGUGCUCACGUCGGGGCCCUACAACGGCAGCACGCUGGCGCUGCUCGGCCGGAACUGCCCGCUCGACGCCGUGCGCGAGCUCCCCAUCGUCGGCGGCACGGGCGCCUUCCGCUUCGCCCGCGGCUACGCGCUGCUGCGCACGCACUGGCUCGACGUCCGCACCGGCGACGCCACCGUCGAGUACGACGUCUACGUCAUGCACUAGUAGCACGGACGGAGGGAGUGCGGCUUCUUCUUUUUUCACAAAUCAGCCUUUUGCUCUUUUCGCAGCUUGUAGCUUGCGUGUUUCGUGUCCAUCAGAAGGUUCGGAACUUUUGUGUUCAGAAAAGAAGUUUCUUUUUUUAUUUGAAAUAAACCAGGAGUGGAGAUUAUCUUGGUAUUUGAAAAAUGAGGCACUAGCAUCUACUUUUAUCUGUUAGUGGAGUGUGCGUUUCUGUCAACCCCCACCAUAUAUUUUCUGAUGAGAUGAAAGUGGCACAAAUGAUGCUCUCUGCUCU